AGAAGUUUCACCUGGUGACAGAAACAUAGUUUGUGAUUUGUUGGUAAAUGUGUGAACUUUGAUCCCUCUUGACGUUUGUCAGUCUCAUCUUCCUCUUCUGCUCCUCUUCCUCAGCCUUAGCUCCUCCCCUUUCUCAGAUGUUUCCUCCUCAGCUGAAGUCGGGUGGAUUUGCGGCGACUGUUUCGUGGAGCCUCAGAUUCCUGACCCGCUUUCGGCCGCCACACAUUCCCAAACAUCCCAAAUAUUCCCCAGCAUUCCUGGCGGCCAUGAUGGAUGAGCCGCCAGCGCGCUGCGCCACGCCGGGUCAAGCUGAUGUUCAGAACCCGGCUGCAGACCCACUUCUUCUUCUGACGAAGGAAGUCAGGUUCUGGGUUUCUGGUUCUGGUCGGACCCAGAACUUUCUGACGUUUCUUCUUCUGUGUUUUCUGUUGAAGCAUCAUUCGCAGCAUUCCGACCUCUGCUGCGACCUUUGACCUGGAAAUCAGAGAACCUCCCGGCUGUAGCAGAACCAGGUCCGGUUUGCCUGCAGGCCGUCCAGAUUCUGAUGGACCCUCGGCAGCCCACCGAACCGGGCCAAGGCGGGUCGAAGGCGGGAUAGGAGUGGGUCCGACCGGGAUCAGCGCGGUGCGGUUUUCCGCUGUGGAUCUGGACUCUAUUUGGAUCAGAACAGGAUCAUGAAUCGGAACUGGUGCGCGUUCGUCCUCACUAAGACGGUGAGCUGCGUGGUGGAGGACGGUGUGGAGACCUACGUGAAGCCCGACUACCACCCUUGCAGCUGGGGCAGCGCCCAGUGCAGCCGGGUCGUGGUCUACCGGACCUACAUGAGGCCGCGCUACAAAGUGGCCUACAAAACCGUGACGGAGAUGGAGUGGAAGUGUUGCCACGGUUACAGCGGAGCGGACUGCAGUGUCGGUCCAGCUGGCAGAGCAGGAAGUCACACGUCCAACGGAGCGGGGACAGGAAGUGGUUUUGGAACUGGACAAAAUGGAGGACGACAGGACCGGGAGGAAAUCAGGAAGUUGGAGGAAAAGAUCCAGAGGCUGACGGAGAAGCUGCAGGAUUUCCAGUCCACCAUGAAUGAACACCUCCACCACGAACCUGGCAGACCCGGAAAAAACCCUGCAGACGCUGCACCGCCCGAAAUCAAAGAGACGAUCCACAGCAUUCAGACCAAACUGGACCAGCUGGACAACCGAACCAAGGCUCAUGAUAAAACUCUGGUGAGCAUUAACAACCACCUGGUGAACGGGAAGGGAAACGAUCUGGACGGAGACGUUUCCCCUGGAGGACUGAGCAGAGAGCAGCUGGGCUCCCUGAAGGAGAGCAUCCUGAAGGAGCUGGAGCGCAGAGUGCUGCUGUCCUGCUCCUCCUGUCAGGCCGGCGUGGAGGACCUGUGGCGCCAGCAGCGACAGGACCAGGAGAGAAUCCGCGCUCUGGAGAAGCAGCUGAACGACGCCGACGUUCGCCACCGACAGGACGCCGAAAGUUUUCGACUGGAGCUGCAGCGCUCCCAGAGAUGCUGCACCACCAUCAACGACUUGCAAAACCGCAUAACCGACGCCGAAAACAAGAUCAGCUCAGCCUCAGAGAGCUUCAACGUCCUGCUGGACCGCCUGAGGCCCGGCAGCGACAAAGGAGAGUCCCAGGGAGGGGGAGGAGCCAGUGGAGGAGGAGGGGCAACUACUGCAGGGGGAGGAGCUACAGGUGGGGCAACUGGAGGGAGAGGGGUUAGUGAAGGAGACGGGGCUAGUGGAGGAGGCGGUGGUUUGAGCGAUGUUGGGUUGAACCUCCUGAAGGACUUGGAGCGCCGCAUCAACAGCAGUAUUCUGCAGGUCUGCUCUCACCUGGAGGCCGACCUGAGGGAGUUUGUCCAGAGAGAGCUGGACGACCUGCGGACGGCGUUCUCACACCGCUUCGACGACCGCACCUUCAGGAUCGAAGACGUGGAGCUGGAGGUGGAACAGCUGCAGAGCAACCUGCUGGAGCAGGACAGGAGAAUAUCAGCGCUGGAGAACCAAACGGCAGAGAGCAGGAGGAGGACGGAGGAGUGCCACUGCACAGGCGGGGGAGGGGCUUCUGGAGCAGGUGGAGGUGAAGGAGAAGUAAUAGGCGCAGACACUGGGGAAGGUUUCACCAGAUCAUAUGGAGGUGGAGCAGGAAGCGCUGGAUCAGGUGGAGGAACAGGUGGAGGUUUAUCUGCCGGGAGAGAAAACACGACCAAGAAAUCUCUGGAGUGGAGAGUCGUGGCCAACGAGGGUCAGAUUCGACACUUCAACACUCGACUGAAGGACCUGUCGGUGUCUGGAGACUCUCUGCAUGACCGGGUUCUGGACCUGAGCCACGAUGUUCGGGCGAUCAAGUCGCUGACCGGUGACAACGGCGAGAACUUCAACCGCAUCGUGAUGGAGGUGGAGACGCUGGGCCAGGACUGUGAGCUGUGCAGCCGCGUGGAGGCGGAGCUGCAGAACCUCCGGAACCGGUCCCAGGACCUGAGCACCAUGCAGGAGGCGCUGCAGAACCUGGAGAACCGCGUCGGCUCCAUCCAGACCCGGCUGGACUCGGAGGGCGGCGGCUGCAGCCGGGUCUGCUCUCUGCUGCAGGACGACGUCCGGAGAUGCUCGGAGCGCUGCGGGACCGGAACCGGUACCAGAACCGGAACUGACUCCUUCACAGCAGGUGACGGAUCCACUGGCGUUCCGGCCGCCGGGGGCUUCGGGCCGAGCCUGGACGCAGAGAAGCCUUUAGAUGGCCACAGCGUGAUCGGAGGAUCCUUCAACAGCAACCAGCUGAAGACGCUGCAGGUCGAGCUCAGCGACAUCAUCUUCACCUUCGGCUCCAUCAACGACACGCUGAAGGGCCUGGAGCACGGCGUGCAGAAACACGGCAGCGUCAUCACGGACCUGGGAAACACCAAGGACAAGAUCAUCUCUGAGCUGGACAAGAUUCAGCAGGAAGUGACGGAGCACGUCCAGAGGAGCCAGGAGCAGCUGGACCGGACGGACCGGGACGUCCGUCGCCUCGAGAGCAUGCUGGUGGCGGAGAUGGGCGACUGCCGGCGCUCCGGAGACGGGCUGGAGAAGAGACUGUCCAAGCUGGAGGGGGUCUGCGCCAGGCUGGACGGCGUCUCCGACUCCAUCUCCAAGGUCAAAGAAGGCCUGAAUCACCACGUGUCGGGUUUGUGGAGCCACGUUUCCAGCCUGAACCAGACCCUCAUCCAACAUGGAGGAAUCCUGGACUCUGUUCAGAAGAACCAGGAGCGGGUCCAGAGCAGGGUGAAGAGCCUGAACUCCAGCCUGGCCCAGGUCCAGAAAGAGCUGCAGACUGGGCAGACUGGGCAGACUGGCCUUCCAGGGCCUCCAGGAGAGAAAGGCCUGAUGGGGCUGCCGGGCCCCCAAGGGCCCCCCGGACUUCCUGGGCAGAAAGGAGACGUCGGCGUCCGAGGAUUUCCAGGUCCUAAAGGUGAACCAGGUCUUCCAGGUGUGGACGCUCACAGACCCAGGCUGUCGUUCUCUGCAGGCCUCACCGCUCUGAAGGAAACGCCGGGAACCGUCGUCUUUAACAAAGUCUUCGUCAACGAGGGCAACUUCUACAACCCGGUGACAGGUGUUUUCACCGCCCCAGUGGACGGACACUACUACUUCAGCGCCGUCCUGACGGGACACAAGAACGAGAAGAUCGAAGCGGUUCUGGCCAAGUCCAACUACAGCGUGGCCCGGGUGGACUCAGGGGGGUACCAGCCCGAAGACCUGGAGGCCAAGCCGGUGGCCGAGUCAAAGGUCACCAGCGGCUCGCUGGCCGUGUUCAGCCUGGUGCUGCCGCUGCAGCGCGGCGACACGGUGUGCGUGGACCUGGUGAGGGGGAGGCUGCCCCAUUCCGUGGAGCCGCUCACCGUCGUCAACGGCAUGCUGCUGUAUGAAAACUUAUGAGCCUGGUGAGUCAGAGAGCAGCCAGAGCCGCCCCAUCCGUCCUGCGCUGCCCGCAGAGGAGGCCGAAAUAUUUCCCAUGAUCCUCCCUGCUCGACUCAGCAGGAGGGAUUUUAAAUCUACCUGCGUUCUGUCCAAUCAGCAGAGACCUUACCUGGUCACAUGACCCAAACUCCUCUGGAGCCAGAACAUUAUAGUAAUGUUCUGCAUUAAUAUCCAGAUGUUUGUCCAGAAGGUGGCGCUACAGAGGCGGACCUGGACUGAGGAUCUGAUGUAUGUCUGAUAAAAUGCUUGGAUGUUUUAUGGAAUAUUGUUGAUGCACUGCUGCGUUCAAUCAGUUCACCUCCUCCGGCCUCUAACCCACGCUGUUACCAUGACAACCAUUAAGGCCACGCCCCUACAACGCCACACAGCAACACCCAGCUUAUAAACGCUGAUAAAAGCAAACCGUAGCGUUGGGCACCGCUAGCUAAAAGGGUCCCACGCUCCAUAUCAACACAGAGUUUAGCAGAAGCUAAUGCUAACGCUCCAUAUCAACGCCGAGUUUAGCAGAAGCUAAUGCUAAACUGCUAAAUUCAACCAUGUUGAUACCAUUUGGCAAUGAUAAUGCUAACCCUUAGCUAAAGUGCUAAGCAAAUUAGCAUAUUAGCAGAGUUCAGAAAUGUUCUGGAGAUGUUAUGAAGACAAAUGAAGCACUCAUGAUCCGGACCGGACCGGACCGGACCGGACCGGACCAAGCGGACAAAGCAACCAUGACGAAGACCACAGGAAGUCUUCAUCACUGGCAAAGAAUUAAGAGACUGCUCAGAGUUUCUCUGUAUACGAUGUUUUGCCCUCCCAGGUUUCUUCUGGUUAGCAGACGAGGAGUAAAUGCAGUUUUCGUCUCCAGAACGUCGCUGUGUGGAAAAAUAAUCACACUCCUAGAUAAAUCCUGAAUCCGACGUGAUUAACCAUCAAUCAAUCAUCAGCCUGACUGGUUCCCGCUGGAAAACCCUGUGUCUGAAUUAAAUCAAUUCAGCGAAGCAGAUGGGGUCAAAGUUCACCCUCAGUAGUGCUGCAGCAGGAGGAAGAACAACCAGGCGUCAGGUUGGGGGGGUGAAUACUUUCUCACAGUAACUGUGAAAUCACUGCAGCUUCUGUUUAGGUUCUAAAUGUCAUUUUUAAUCUAAAUCUUUAAAUAAUUACGGGAGAACGAAUCUGGAACAUAAUAAAAACCAGAAAUAUGUUGUCAGUUCAGUCCAGUCAGAUCAGGUCAUUUAACAUCCUGGACAGUUCAGUUUAUUACUCCAGCUGAUGGUUUUUCUACCUGAGGAAACCAAGCAUGUGGCGACAGUGGAGAGGAAAACAGGAGGAAACGUUCCAGUAUAACUUCCUAUAAUAAUUAUAAAGUCUUAUAUUUGAAUAACUUGUGAACUUAUCGUUUACUCAACGCAUCAUAGUUUUAACUAUUAUUAAAUAUUAAAUGGCUUUCCAUAAAGUACUAAAACAUUGACCUGCUGCCUGACGUAGAGCUGCAGCGGCUAGAUGAGCAGCUUUCUGCUGGUGGGACAGACGUGAAGCAUGUAGAGACGUUUAAGCUGUGACCAGAUGAUGAAGACAUAUCAUCAUCAUCUUCAUCUUCAUCACUUCCUGAACAUGGACAGUUUUUCACCACUCGGCUGGAAGUGAUGUUAGCUUUCUGGAGAAAUGUUGUGAAAAUGUUUGACCUUCAUAUUUAAACACUUCUUGAUGCUCUCUGAUGUAGAACACCAGUUUCUUCACUCAGGAUUGUACAGUUGAACAUGCUCUGGCUUCUGUAGCAACAAAUCUCUAAAGCUGAAAUGUUUCUGACAAAAGUUGUAAAAGGCCUCAAUAAAUCUAUGAUUAACUGUU